GCCGAAGUCUCGACGCAACAUGUUUAGUUGGGCAAAACAACAGCUGGCGAAUGUCGCCGGCACCCAGGAACCUGAGUAUGGCCCGACGGCCAUUCAGGCCGUUGGAAAGCAAGAGGGCGACCCCACCCACACCGAGUUGACUAAAGCGGAUAUGAAAUGGGUCACUAUGGAAUCCACCUCCCUCGAGACGCAGACGUUCUACGUCACCGCAGACAGUGGCCAUUUCGGCUUCUUACAGGUCCUCUACAGCAACGUAGCGGGUCUACGAAUCACCGUCCAAUUUAACUGUAAACUUUUCUAUCCUGACAACAAGAAACCCGCCCUCUGGACAUCCGACCCUCUCGAGAACUACGGUUUCGAUGAGGAGCAGUUCUCAUUCUAUGCCGACGGCAUUUCUUUGGAGCUCUCCGAGGAUGGGUCAUCAUAUAUAUUAAAGUCGGCGGUAAAUGACAACGGUCUGGUGAAUUUGAAAUUUACCAAAACAGCUCCCGGAUUUGUCGCUGGGAAGAACGGCACGAGCUACUAUGGGACAGAUCCAGAGAAUCCCUGGGGAUCCAUGAGGCAUGCUUUCUGGCCAAGGUGUAGUGUUGAGGGUGUCAUCAUCACAAAGGAUGGAGAGGUUGAUUGCAAAGGCCGAGGGUUCUUGUCCCACGCUCUUCAGGGUAUGAAACCCCAUCACGCUGCCGCUCGGUGGAACUUUUUGAACUUCCAAUCCCCAACAUAUUCCGUAAUAUUGAUGGAAUUCACCACACCACUUUCGUAUGGCUCGACUGUUGUUAGAACCUGCGGGGUAGCUACCGAUGGCAAGCUGCUCUUUGCUGGAACAUCUGCCGAUGUCAAGCACAUCGAAACCAAGCAAGAUGCAGAGAACGAAUGGCCAGAGCCUACUUCAGCAAGCUAUCACUUGGAAGGGAAAACCGAGGAUGGCAAAGAAGCAUCUGCCCAUCUUGAAGGAAGCCUUGGCGAAAGACUGGAUCGCGUCGAUGUCAUGGCGGAGGUCCCGGGGUUUGUCAAAGCGAUUAUUGCCAGUGCGGCAGGCACGAAACCAUACAUCUACCAGUUCGCUCCGAAGAUGACGCUUGAGGUGAAGAUUGGAGAUGAGGUUAAGAAGGAGGAUGGAGCCAUGUACUCUGAGGCUACCUUCAUCUCAUGAGGGUUCGAUCUUGGCAGGACACUCUCUUCUCGCCCCUACCUAGCUUUAAUGAUUAGAACUCUCAAGGCUGGCGCUUGAGGAUUCCUAAUGAAUGAAUGCAUAUUACCUUCUCAUCA